ACUAUGACAAAACAUCAUAAACAUAUUUAGAUUUUGUGACACAUAGAUAUGGCGAGUGUGAAAGUCAUUUCAACAAGUACAAUCCAUGCAGCAAACAAAGCUUCAACGGUGGAGGAGGAGAUUCAGUUAACUCCAUGGGAUCUCCAACUCCUCCUAAUUGAUCCCAUUCAAAAGGGCCUCCUCUACCGUAACGACCCGGUCACUCCACCGAUCAUAAUCCAACACCUCAAACAUUCCCUUUCAUCCACCCUUUCUUUCUUCCCACCGCUUGCGGGCCGCCUUUCCGUUACGGAACACGACGACAACACUUCCUCCGUUUUCGUUAUUUGCAACAACUCCGGAGCGCUGUUUGUCCAUGCAGUUGCGGAUGACUACUCCGUUAACGAUAUCGUUAGUUCCGUUUACACUCCACGCUUUGUGCACUCUUUGUUCCCGCUCAACAGGGUUAGAAACCACGAAGGAACAACCAAGCCGUUGUUGGCGGUUCAAGUCACGGAGCUCAACGACGGUUACUUCAUCGGGUGCACCAUGAACCACAUUGUUGGAGACGGAACUUCCUUUUGGCAUUUCAUGAACUCUUGGGCUGAGAUCUCACGUGGUUCGGAAAAAUUGUCCAAGCCUCCCGUGCUUGAACGCUGGUUCAAAUAA